AUGGAAACUACCAACUCACCCUUCACGACUGAAUUCAAAAUACAACUCAUUCAAUCUCACAAAUCAAUCAAACCAAUCAUCAAAAAAGAACAAGAAUCAGAAAGCCAACUCAUCAAAAUCAAAUCUAAACUAGAAUCUUAUUUAAAUUCAACUACUCAAUUCAUUUGGCAUACUUCUAAACCGAUUCUUUCCAUUAACUUUGAUCAAGAAUUCAUUCAUGGUACUUUAUUUUAUUCUGAUUCGAUUCAAGAUGAAUGGUUUUUGGUUUGGUGUUUAGUUCAACUUAGUCAUGCUUUUCCUACUUCAAUUCUCAUCAGUAUAAAUGAUGAUGAUGGUGAAUUCUUAUUAAUCGAAUCAGCUGAUUAUUUACCUAAAUGGAUCACUCCUCAUCUUUCCAAAGGCAGAGUUUGGAUUCAAUCGGGUGAUUUACAUCUUAUUCCAUUGAAUCAUCCAUACGCUCUGGAUUAUCAACAUGAUCCAUUACCUCAUCAAAUCGCAUUCGAAAUCUUUAAAAAACCAUUAGAUACCUUUCCAACCAUUGCUUCAAAUCAAAUCAAUCAAUCUAUUCAACUUCGAUUAAAUCAAUCAACACCAGAUCAAUUAAUUCAAAAUCAUCUCUACAAUACACAUGCUUAUUUACAUCGAGAUAUCUCAAGAGUUUUACGAUCGAAUCCUAAUCUGAUCGGAUUGGCCAUCCAAGCUUUCAUGGAAAGAGAUCCACAAACCUUUAAAGUUUGUCAAACAAUGAAUCGAUUCCCACCUAAUCCGAUUUCCAAUCAGCCCAACUCUUCAAACCAGAUCAAACUGAGCCCUUUGAAACUUACCAGACCGUUAUAUGCUUCAUUACUCAAUCAUCAACAAACUUUUUAUCCUCCAAAACCAUUUGAAAAAUCACAAUGGUUUCAAUCUCUUGAUUUUCAUCCAUCAUCUAAAUCUUCAGAUCAAACUCAAGAAUUCAAACGUAGAUUACUAGGCCUUAAAAUCAAUUGUGGAUUUGAAAUCUUAUAUCAUCAAGAACUGGAUAGUUUUCAAAAAUAUCUUAAUAAAUUAAAAUCAGUUGGGUAUUUUAAAUCAGAACUGAAAGGUUCAAAAGAAUACAAUCAAUUAGAAUCGAAAGCUAAAGAAACUUUUUUGAAUCAAAAAUCAAGUUCGAUUUCAUUAAUUGAUUUAUUAGAAAGUUCUUUGGAUCAAACUGAUGAUUCAAUAGACGAAAUGAACUUUGAAUCUGAAAGUGAUGAAUGGUUAGAAAUAAAUGAAGAAGAACUUCAACGAUUAUUUAAACAAGACCCCCCUGAAGUCAAUGAUGAAGCUGAAGAUAAUUCCGAAAAAGUAACAGUAGAAGAAGAAAGAAUGGCAAAAGAAGAUGUGAAUAAGAUGAUUUCGUUUGCAGAAAGGAUGGAAAGUUUUGUAAAUGGUCAAGGAAGUCUUGAAGGAGCAUUACAUUCUGAUGAUGAACAUUCAUCUGAUGAAGAUGAUGAUCAGGAUAGUGAUGAUGAUGAUGAUGAUUCUGAACAAGAAGAACUUAGAGCUAAUUUAGGAGACCUGAAACGGAAUAAGGAUUCGAGAGAUUGGACUCAAGCUAAGAUGAGUGAUUAUGAUGAUCAUCAGAGUAAGAAACGAUUAGAAUCGAUUGUGCCUAGUUUUGAUCAAACUGAAUGGGGAUCCAAAUCAAACAAAGAUGAUUCAAUAAAUUCAAAUGCUCAACAUCCUAACGAUCAGUCUUCUAAUUUAAAACCAAAAACUCAACUUUUCGAUCUUCAAUCGACUUCUCAAUCCUCGAUUUCUAAACCCGAUUGUCAAUCUUUGAAAUCUGAAACAAAACUAGAUUCAUCCGGUUUAACUAAAGAAUCAUAUGAUGGAGUGUGUGAUGAAGAAACAUCAGAAGAAGAAGAUGAUGAUGAUGAAACAUUCAAGAUGAAUCUGGACAAUGAAAUGGAAAUGGACAUUGAAAUGGAAAUGGAUACAGAACGUGAUGAGUUUUUAAACUUUGCACGUGAAGCUUUAGGAUUAAGUGAAGAACAGUACCAAGAAAUCUUAAGUAGUCGUAAAGAAAGAGGAGCUUAUGUACCACCACCUAUAAAAACUAAAGAAAAAGAACCGAUUGAGACAUUCAUCGAAUCAGAAAGACCUCAAGUAGAUAGAAAAGGUAAAAAAUCAGUCAGAUUUCAUCAAGAAGAAACCCCACAAGAAUCGAGAUUUGAAGAAGCCGAACCGAUGAAAGUGAAUGAAAAGUUAAAUGAUUUUGAAAGUAUGAUGGAUGCGAUUGAAAGUGAAUUAGAAAUCCAAAAAACCAAAAAAGGAGGCCCGAUUCCGAACCACUUCACCGGACCGAAUUAUCAAACCGAAAAUGAAAACGAAAAGGAUGAAGAAGAUGAAGAAGAUGAAGAAGUAAGAAUAGAAGAUUUAAAAAUGAAAGAGAUUCAAGAAAUGAUGAAAACCGAAUUAGAAUCGAUUGGAUUGAUUGAAAAAGAUGAAGAAUGUAAUCCAAGUGAAAAAGAAUGUAAAAUGAUCACAGGCUUCUUGGAUAGUUUUAAUUCUCAAUUGAAUUCGAAUGGACCUGUUGGAAAUUUAGCUGGUCGGAUUGGAAUUAAGAUGAUUGAUCAAUUGGAAUGA